AUGAACCAUGCGGACGACGGCCUCCGGACCUCUCUCCUAGCGUCUCCGGCCCCCGACGCGUCCGCUCUCUCUCCCCACAGCCACAGUGUCAUGUCUCACCAUCACCCCCGUCUUCAUCGACGUCUUUCUCGCUCGUCGUGGAUGUACCCGCCCGAUGGCGAAACGCGUCGGAUCCAAGUCGACCGCCAGUCCCUUCAACGCUCUCGCGCGCAUCUUGACGCCCCCAAGCGCCUUUUGGGCCAAUGGCCAUCCACCGCCAUCUGUGGAAAUGACAUAUUAGCCAGUGUCCUCUACUCGUCCGGAAUCGUGGCCGUCAAAGCUGGCAAACUGACGCCAUUGGCUCAACUUCUCGUCGCUCUCGUGCUCUAUCUAUUCAGGUCCAUUUACGAAGAGGCAGUGACUGCCGUGCCACUCAACGGAGGCUCCUACAAUGUUUUGCUUAAUACCACGUCCAAACGAGUGGCAGCAGUCGCCGCCUCGCUCGGGAUCAUCUCGUACUUGACCACGGGCGUCGUCUCAGGGACCUCAGCCAUGCGGUAUCUUGAUACGCAAGUUGAUGUUCAAGUCGUGCCAACGACAGUUCUGCUGCUCUUUGUGUUCGCUCUAUUGUCCAUUAUUGGCAUCGCAGAGAGCGCAACUGUUGCUCUCGUGAUCUUUGUCGUCCAUGUCAUGACGUUGACGCUCUUGAGCGGAUUUUCUAUUUAUUAUGCAGUGGCACAUCCCGAGACUUUCUGGACGAAUUUAAAGACAGAGUUUCCAGACGUUAAUGUGGCGGGGGACAUCAUUAAGGGAAACGUGCUGACGGGUGUUUUUUUUGGCUAUUCGUCGGCUAUGUUGGGCAUCACGGGUUUCGAGACGUCAGCUCAAUUUGUCGAGGAACAAGCACCUGGUGUAUUUCGAAAAACGUUGAGAAAUAUGUGGGCAUUUGCGACGGUUUACAAUGUUAUGCUAUCGAUCUUGUCGUUGGCGGUACUGCCAUUGGAAGGACCUGGAGGGAUAUAUGACGACAAAGACGUGGUGCUAGCGACGAUGGGAAAAGUUGUGGCUGGCCCAUGGCUGGAAAGCUGGGUGUCGAUCGACGCGUUCGUGGUCCUGGCUGGUGGCGUGCUGACGUCGUAUGUGGGAAUCACAGGACUCGUACGACGGCUGGCGUUUGAUCGUAUACUGCCCGCGUUUCUCACGCGCACCAAUAAGUGGCGUGGAACGAACCACUACAUCAUUUUACAAUUUUUCGCGCUACAAGCUAGUCUCGUGGUCUUGCUGCAUGCGGACGCUACAGUGCUCGCUGGAGUUUUCACGUUUGCGUUCCUGGGGGUUAUGGCUUUGUUUGCUUUUGGCUGCAUACUGCUCAAAUUAAAACGCGAAGACAUUCCGCGCGACGUCCAUGCGCCGUGGUGGAGCUGUAUUGUUGGACUGGUGAUGGUGCUACUGGGAUUGAUGGGUAAUUUGCUCGGAGACCCGACCAUCUUUAUCUAUUUUUCCUUGUACUUCAUCGUGUUUGUGUCGGCGAUGUUUAUCAUGCUCGAGCGCGUCUUCAUUUUGCGAAUUGCACUCUACAUUUUGAAACAUCUUUUCCCGUCGCGCGGAAUUCGAAAUGAACACGGCCAAGAUAUCGCAGCGUCCGACUCACAAGCCAAAUCAACAGAAAUGGCUCGAACGGGAGCUAUAGGUGGUCGCACGAUUACAGCAGUGCUUAGAGCAAUUCACCUUUCGCCGAUAGUGUUUUUCCUCAAGACCCCUGAUUUGUCCGUGCUUAACAAAGCAAUACUUUACGUGCGCAAGAACGAGCACACUCACAAUCUACGCGUGAUACACGUGAGUGAAGAUGCGAACUUUGGCGAAGAGAGCAGUGCAGAAGUCACGGAUGCUGAUGUGCGUCGACGGUCGCUUGAGCGAGAGGAUGUGGAGGAUAUGCGCGAGAUGGCUCGAGUGUUGGAUCUGACGUACCCAAAGAUCAAGAUCGACUUUGUGCACGUGUGUGGCUCAAGUUUUGACAAUGCUCUUAUCCACUGGUUAUCGGACGAGUUGGAUGUGCCGCCUAAUAUGAUGUUCGUCCGGCAGCCAGGAACCAAGCAUAUUCACCAAAUUGCAGCGCUGGGUGUUCGGGUUAUCACUGGCUAG